AUGCUUAAACAAGCCAUGUUGUGCCUACGUUAUCUUGUUCCGUUUGUUCUUUUCGCCGUGGUCAGCGCUGAUAGGAAUGAUGACGGUCAAUCGACUCGUCUUCGCAUGCCCCCAGUGUUGAGGCCUCCGUUCCCCCUUGGCCCAGUGCCACGCCCAUAUCCUGGUCUAGGAGGCUUUGCUACGACUAAUAAUGCUGAACCAGACGACCAAGGGGGCCCCCUUGCAGCGUGCGGUCCUUAUGCAGGCUCCUGUCCUGAAGGCCUCUGUUGUUCUUCGCAAGGAUACUGUGGAAAGGGCCCCCUAUACUGUGCUGCCCCGGAUUGCCUAUUUGAGUAUGGCAGUGGUUGCGAUGUCCACAAGACACCCAACGGCGAAGACACAUCCGAUGUUCCUCGUGAUAAGAUCGGAGAUGUUCCAUACGGUGAAGCAGCUAUUUACGAUUGCACCGUCCCGAACACCAUUGCUCUAACAUAUGACGAUGGGCCUCACAUCUAUACCAGAGACCUGCUUGACAUUCUUGACUCUUUUAAUGCGAAGGCGACCUUUUUCAUAACUGGGAUCAACUCGAAUAAAGGCCCAAUUGAUGAUCCCAACUAUCCAUGGGCCGAUUUGAUCCGCCGAAUGUACAAUAGUGGCCAUCAAAUUGCUAGCCACACUUGGUCCCAUCAAAACCUCGACCAGAUCACAGCCUCUCACAGGAAACAACAACUCAUCAAGAAUGAGAUGGCUUUCCGGAAUAUCAUGGGAGGUUUUCCGACAUACAUGCGGCCGCCGUACUCAAGCUGUUCCACUGCAUCUGGGUGCUUAGGAGAUAUGGGAGACCUGGGCUAUCAUGUUACUUACUUCAACCUCGACACUGAUGAUUACAACAACGAUGCUCCCGACAUGAUCCAACGUUCGAAAGAUAUUUUUGAUUCGUAUAUAACCAUGGGCGCCUCAGACGGCCGUCCUCUUCUCGAAAUCGGACACGAUGUCCACGAACAAACAGUCUAUAACCUUACCAGCCAUAUGCUCCGUCGUCUUGAAGGUACCAGUUAUCGCGUAGUCACACUUGGUGAAUGUCUUGGGGAUCCCCCAGCGAAUUGGUAUCGUUGGACCGCUCGUCCUGACGAACACAGCCCUAACGGAAAGCCACCAGGAGGCAGCAAAAAGUUCAAACCAGUAAAGCCGCCAUCUCCGGAUGGAACCUGUGGUACCAGCUUCACUUGCACUGGAUCCAACUUUGGCCGCUGCUGCAGCGCGGCAGGUUUCUGUGGAAACCGGGCUCUUCAUUGCGGGAAAGGAUGCCAAAAGAUUGGUGGUGUCUGCUCAGAAGAUCCAUCAGACACGAACAAGAACAAUGAAAUAGGCAAAGAAGUCAAAGAAGAUUCCAGGAACAAGCUAGACCACCUUCACACAAAUGAGAUAAGCCAAGAAGUCAAAGACAGCGAAGAUGAGUUAAGAAGCACAGAUAGCAAGGAUGACGAUGGGGAUGAGAAGAAAGCUGGAGGCGAAGAUGAGGAGGGUCAGAAGACUAGCCUGAGCUAUAUUCAGGAGAUGAAAGCCACCAUGGAGAGUGAUAUUGAUUAA